AUGGGUGAAAUGGAGCAGAUGAAAAAGGAGGCAGAAGCCCUGAAGACACAGAUCGAGGCCGCUCGUAAAGCAGUGAACGACACAGACAUGGCCUCCGCUGCUUCUGGGGUGGCUCCGGCCCCUCGGGUCCAACUCAAGACCAGGAGGACCCUUAAAGGCCAUCUGGCCAAAAUUUAUGCCAUGCACUGGAGUACAGACAACAGGCUAAUGGUCAGUGCAUCACAGGACGGCAAGCUUCUCAUCUGGGAUUCUCACUCUGGAAAUAAGGUCAAUGCUGUUCCCCUCAAGUCCUCAUGGGUGAUGACCUGUGCGUAUGCUCCUUCUGGAAACCUUGUGGCCAGUGGUGGUCUCGACAACAUGUGUACUGUCUACAACUUGAAGACACCUGUAAUCAAGACCGUGAAAGAAUUGGACGCUCACACAGGUUACUUGUCCUGUGCACGCUUCUUCAGUGACACGGAGAUUUUAACCUCCUCUGGUGAUACCACAUGUGCAUUGUGGGAUUUGGAGACCGGAAAGCAGAAAACGGUUUUCCUGAACCACGUUGGCGACUGCAUGUGUCUGUCACUGUCUCCAGACAUGAGCACCUUUGUUUCUGGCGCUUGCGACUCUCUGGCCAAGCUGUGGGACGUCAGGGAUGGCCAGUGCAAGCAGACCUUCCAGGGUCACACGAGUGACAUCAAUGCCAUUUCAUUCUUCCCUAGCGGCAAUGCCAUUAUCACCGGCUCAGAUGACUGCACAUGCAAAAUGUAUGAUAUUCGCGCCGAUCAGGAAGUGAUCGGUUACCAGGACGCUGCCCUGAACAGUGGCGUAACAUCACUGGCUUUAUCCAUGUCUGGCCGUCUCAUCUUUGCCGGCUACGAUGACUUCAACUGCAAUAUUUGGGACUCGCUAAAGGGCGAGAAAGUGGGCGUGUUGUCCGGCCAUGACAACAGGGUGAGCUGCACCGGAGUACCACCAGAUGGCAUGUGUGUUUGCACUGGCUCAUGGGACAGCUUCUUGAAGAUUUGGAACUGA